ACUGCUCAAUUUAAUUCAGUGGCUUAGGAAAAAAAGAUCUGGUAUUAAUGGCAAUAAUUUGACGCCGCCAUCUAUGUUGCUUCGAAAUCUAACUGGUGGCCCUCUCACUCAAUCGUCUUCUUCAACUUUUUCAAAUUUCAAAUUGUCCGCGUUCUUCCCAAACAGCUACACAUUGUUUUGAAUUAAAUAGAAAAAAAAACUAGACAUUGUACAGGAGGUGGGCGUGUCCUCUUCGAACCAAAUUGAAACUCUGAGCAUCAGUUUCUCAGCUCCAUUAUCGUUCUAGACUCAUGUGAUUCAGUGCACGAAACAUGUCGCUUCUUAGCAGAUUCUUUUACAGGAGACCACCUGAUGGUUUGCUGGAAUUUGUCGAUAGAAUUUACGUUUUCGAUUCCUGCUUUUCCACUGAGGCAUUGCUUGAUGGAAUGUACCAAAUAUAUUUACAUGAAAUUAUUACCGAGUUACACGAAGAAUUCCCGGACUCUUCCUUUUUCGCAUUCAAUUUUCGUGAAGGAGAGAAACGUAGUCAAUUUGCUGAAAUUCUUUGUGAAUACGAUGUUACUGUGAUGGAUUAUCCGCGACAGUAUGAGGGUUGCCCUAUUCUUCCGGUGUCUUUGGUUCAACAUUUUCUUCGUGUCUGUGAGAGUUGGCUUUCACUUGGGAAUCAACAGAAUGUUAUCCUUCUCCACUGUGAGAGAGGAGGUUGGCCUCUCUUGGGGUUUCUUUUAGCCAGCUUUCUAAUUUAUAGAAGACUGCACAGUGGUGAACGGAAGACACUUGAAAUGGUGCAUAGAGAGGCACCCAAAGGCUUCUUACAGCUAUUGUCGCCUUUGAACCCGUUGCCAUCUCAGCUUCGUUAUGUUCAGUAUGUAGCAAGAAGGAACAUAGCUCCUGAGUGGCCUCCACCUGAGAGAGCUCUCCUAGAUUGUGUCAUUCUCAGAGCCAUUCCUAGUUUUGAUUCCCAUAAUGGAUGCAGACCCAUGAUCCGCAUUUUUGGUAGAAAUUUUCUCAGCAAGGGUGGCCUUUCUACUCAGAUGCUCUACUCCAUGCACAAGAAAAAGAAAUCUUUGAGGCACUACCGUCAGGCAGAGUGUGAUGUGAUCAAGAUUGACAUUCAAUGUUUAGUACAAGGAGAUGUGGUAUUGGAAUGUGUCCAUUUGGACUUGAAUCCUCAAAGGGAAGUAAUGAUGUUUCGCAUAAUGUUCAACACAGCAUUUAUUCGAUCCAACAUAUUGAUGCUGAAUGCUGAAAACCUGGACAUUCUCUGGGAUUCAAAGGAGCGGUACCCAAAAGGCUUCCGAGCUGAGGUUUUGUUUGGGGAGGUUGAAACCAUAUCUCCUCCAAAAGCCCCAACAACUGUGUUAAAUGGCGAGGAGAAAGGUGGAUUGCCAAUUGAAGCUUUUUCAAGGGUUCAAGAACUUUUUAGUGGUGUGGAGUGGCUUGACAGUGGUGAAGAUGCUGCAGUCUGGUUGCUUAAACAACUUUCUGUGUUAAAUGAUGUCAAAGAGCUAUCAAGGUUGCAAGGUAAGUCAAGUUGGUACUCAUCACCUGCUGACUCUGAAGAUGAAAAUAAUGAAUCAAGCACUGCUGAUAGUUCAGAUGAAGCCUUUGAGCAUAAGUCUUCUACUGAUAUUUCAAAGUUAUUGGCACCUGACAACCCUCAUUCAAUCCAUUUAGAUUUUGAAAGUGAUGGUAGAAAUAAUGUACAUCUUACUUCAGAACCUCCAGAUCCAUCGACUGAAACUGUUCCACUGUCUCAUCAUGCUCUUAGUAAUGAAUAUCCUCACAAUUCAUCUCCAUCAUCACCACCGUCACCACCUCCUCCACAUCUUUCUAAAAUCAGUGGAGAUCCUUCCACAUCUUCUACAUCAUCAUCAGCAAAUUGCAAGGGCCCAAUACCGCCCCCUCCUCCACCUCCUCCACCCCCAUUUGUCUCUUGCAAAACUUUGCCACCAUCCCCACCAACCCUACCAAUCCACUUCAAUCAACAAACCUUGCUGCCGCCUCCUCCUCCUCCCCCACCACCUCUCCCACCCACAAUAGGGAGUAAAAUUAACGAGGUGCCGCAGAAAUUGCUGCCGCCACCACCGCCUCCUCCACCACCAAUGCCACUGGCACUAUUAAACAUUUCAACUUCAUAUAAUACUAAGCCCCUUCGAGUAGCAAGACCUCCUCCACCACCACCUCCUCCUCCCUCUACUUCUGCCCUAGCUCAUAAUGCUCCUAGACCACCUCCACCACCUCCUAUGGCAAAACUGCCAAAUGCACCUCCUCUACCACCACCACCUAGUCAAGGCACAAUACCACUUGCACCUUUACGACCAAGUCAAGCUCCACCUCCACCACCUAGCAAAAGUGCAAUGCAUCCUUCACCUUCCCCUCCUCCUCCACCAGCACCUACUCGAGGCACAUUGCCACCUCCCCCUCCUCCACCACCACCACUUGGCCGAGGUGCAAUGCCACCUCCACCUCCACCUCCUCCACCGCCGCCACUUGGUCGUGACACAAAGCCACCUCCACCACCACCUCGUCAAGGUGCAACACCUCCUCCACCUCCACCACCACCUUUUCGAAUUGCAGCACCUCCCCCACCUCCACCUCCUGGUCAAGGUGCAGCACCUCCCCUACCUCUAGUACCUAGUCAGGGUGUGGGUGCACCACCUCCCCCUCCCCCUCUAGUAUCUAGGGGAUCUAAUGUGCCACUGCCACCACCACCCACUGCCAAAGGCAAGCCUUCUUUAGCAUCAACAAAUAUUGGAAGAGGUCGAGGUUCUAGUGGGACUGCUAAUGCCCCUAAGAAAGCUUCAUUAAAGCCCCUACAUUGGGUGAAAGUUACACGAGCAAUGAAAGGGAGUCUAUGGGCUGAUUCAGAGAAACAAGAUAAUCAAUCAAGGCCCCCUGAAAUUGAUAUAUCAGAACUCGAGAGUCUGUUUUCAGCAGCGUCUGCUUCUGAUGUGAGCAGUACUAAAGGUGCAGGUCGGCGAGGUUCAAAUAUCAAUAAACCUGAGAAAGUUCAAUUGAUUGACUUGCGAAGAGCUUAUAAUUGUGAGAUAAUGCUCUCUAAAAUCAAAAUUCCUUUGCCAGACAUGCUUAAUGCAGUUCUGGCAUUAGAUUCUUCUGCUUUAGACAUUGAUCAGGUUGAGAAUCUUAUUAAGUUCUGCCCCACAAAGGAAGAAAUGGAAAUGUUGAAGAAUUACGCUGGGAACAAGGAAAUGCUUGGAAAGUGUGAACAGUUUUUCAUGGAGCUGAUGAAGGUUCCACGAGUAGAAGCUAAAUUACGAGUUUUUGCUUUUAAAAUCACCUUUUCUAGUCAGGUGAAUGAUUUGAGAUUAAAUUUGAACACAAUCAAUUAUGCUGCUAGGGAGGUGAAAGAAUCUUUGAAGUUGCGUCAAAUAAUGCAAACUAUUCUUACUCUGGGUAAUGCCUUAAAUCAGGGAACAGCACGAGGAUCUGCAGUAGGAUUCAAAUUAGAUAGCCUUCUUAAAUUAUCUGAUACUCGUGCGAGGAAUAACAAAAUGACUUUGAUGCAUUAUUUGUGUAAGCUUCUUUCUGAGAAAAUGCCAGAAUUGCUAGAUUUUGGCAAGGAUCUUGUUCAUUUGGAAGCAGCUUCAAAGAUCCAACUAAAAGCAUUGGCUGAAGAGAUGCAAGCGGUUAGUAAAGGUCUGGAAAAAGUUGAGCAAGAACUUACUGCUUCAGAAAAUGAUGGUGUCAUAUCUGCAGGCUUCCGUAAGGUGUUGAAGAAUUUUCUUGAUAUUGCUGAAGCUGAAGUGAGGUCACUCAUAUCAUUGUAUACUGAAGUGGGAAGAAAUGCAGAUUCUUUGUCCCAGUACUUUGGGGAGGAUCCAGCUCGGUGCCCCUUUGAGCAAGUGACUCAAAUCCUGGUUGUCUUCGUGAAGAUGUUCAACAAAUCAAGGGAGGAGAAUGAAAGGCAGGCAGACGCCGAAAAGAAGAAAUUAGAGAAAGAAGCCAUGAAAGAACAGCGAACACCUGUAAAUACAAAUUUAAAAAAAGAUGUACACUAGAUAAUUGUGGAGAAGAAAGAGGCACUAAACUUUGGGCUCACCUUAAAAUGCUUAUAGUUCAUGCCCGUUUUCAUGAGAUUUGGAAGUCGGAUCUAUUCCUUCUGAGAGGAGACGGAGUAGAGAAUACUUCCUCAUAAUCAGAUCACCAUUUACUUCCCCAUUUGCUGGUAAAUGGGAUGUACGAGCAAGCUGUUUUUCUGAUGUAAUUAUGCUACAAGCCAGCCUUUUUAUAGCAAAGUCAUCAUGUUAGCCCUCUAAAUUAGAGGCUCAUUUUUUUUUAUAUUACAUUACUUGUACUUGCUAAUCUGAAGAUAACAAAUGCUCGAUUUGUAA